CUUGCUGAGGGCAGGUCUUGAGCUUGGGUCAUGUUUUGCUGAAAAAUACCAGUAAGAGCACAUUGGCUUUAUGAACGCAGCAUGGCCUCCGAUAGCGCACACACCUUGGAGACUUCACACUGUUCACUCUCCCAAAGGGACUGUGUGUCAGAUCCACAAGGAAAGCCGGAGAACUCACAAGAGUGUGUGACCACAGAAGACGGAACAUCCAGCCAUUCCUCUUGCCUGUCAGCCAGCUCAGUGGUGGAAGAAGAAAAAUGUGAACAGAUUCCCCAGGAGGCUCCCCCAGGGCAGCUGCUGCAACAGUCUACACAAGAGCCGUCAGGAGGACAAGGCUCGACAUUGCUUUUAGAACUUCCCUCUACAUCUCAUGAUACAUUGGGCCUGGCUCCAACUGCUCAGAUGGAAGUUACGCCUUCCCCCCAACUUUGCCUUGACAGGGAAGGGAGGAAGAGUACUGACCAGCUACGUUAUUCGAACUCUCAUGUAUCCACUCAAAUUCAUGUCUCCCUUGGAGAGACUGGAGAAAGCCAACAAGGUCUGCAGGCAGCAGAAAAACCUAUAGGUACUAAGAAGGAAGAGCCUGUCUGCCUUGGUGAAGAGCAAGGCUCGACACUGCUUUUAGAACUUCCCUCUACAUCUCAUGAUGCAUUGGGCCUGGCUCCACCUGCUCAGAUGGAAGUUACGCCUUCCCCCCAACUUUGCCUUGACGGGGAAGAGAGGAAGAGUACUGACCAGCUACGUUAUUCGAACUCUCAUGUAUCCACUCAAAUUCAUGUCUCCCUUGGAGAGACUGGAGAAACCCAACAAGGUCUGCAGGCAGCAGAAAAACCUAUAGGUACUAAGAAGGAAGAGCCUGUCUGCCUUGGUGAAGGAGAAAUUAACAAAGAGGAAGAAUCUACCACACAGAGACUGAACCUCAUUCUGGUGGGGAAAACAGGAACUGGAAAAAGUGCAACAGGAAACAGCAUCCUUGGAAGGCAAGUAUUUGAGUCCAAACUUAGCCCUAGACCAGUGACCAUGACCUUGCAGAGAGGGAGCCGAGAGUGGGGAGAGAAGGCGCUCGAGGUGAUCGACACCCCAGACAUUUUGUCACCUCACGUCCAGCCUGAGGAGAUCUUUCAAGGCUUGCCCUCACCAGGGCUCCACGCCGUACUCCUGGUGACACAGCUGGGCCGGUUUACAGAGGAGGACCAGCUGGUUGUCAGACGCCUGGAGAAGAUCUUUGGAGAAGGGAUCCUGGCUUACACCAUCCUGGUGUUCACACGGAAGGAAGACCUGGAUGGAGGCUCCUUGGAUGAUUAUGUGCGUGAGACUGACAAUCAGAACCUGGUUAAACUGGAUGUGACGUGUGAGCGGCGACAUUGUGGCUUCAACAACAGGGCACAGGGCAAGGAGCAGGAGGCUCAGCUGGAGGACCUUAUGGAGAAAAUUGAAGCGAUCAUGUGGGAAAAUGACGGCCAUUGUUACAAUAUAAGGCUUCCCAAUGCUCCCAGCAGAACAUUUCAACUCAAGAGCAAGGUUCUGAGGGGUUCUCCACAGAGCCCUGGCUAGAAAGGCUGUCCCAAAUCCUGAUGCCCAUAAGACUUUCAAACACCUGAUGGGGAGGGCAUCCAUCUGAGGUCAGGCUGGACAUGAGCAGGAGAUCCAUCAACAGUAGCAUCCUGUAUCCAGCCGUCAUUGCUUACUCCCUCUGUACAGAAUACUUCCAAGUCCCCAGAACAGAGUUUCAGGUGUACCAAGGAGUGGGGAACAGUUCAGGGUGCCCAGCUAACAUCCUGAGUCUACCGUGGUUUCUUCCCUAACACUUGGGUCUUCCCUUUGUUUACCUAAACAACACAAUGCCUUCAUAUGGGACCUUCCAUCCCUGACAGAACCAAAGAUCUUGAUUGCAGGACUGGGGCUUUUGUCUGUGUAAACUGCACUUCUAACAAUGGGAGUCAGUCAGAGGCGGGGCAACACAGUGAGUCAUCGACAGACAUGAUGAUUAUUGGGGUGUUUGCACUGCUUCAUGGACAGAGAUGGCAGUGAGAGAACAGAGGCCUGACCACCAGUUAGGCUUUCCCAUGAUAUAAAGUAUUAUAAUAGGUUAUGUUUGAUAACUAUAUUAUAAUUGCCAUCCCAUUUCUAAGCUUUUGUGAGGCGUUGAUGUAAUGGUUACAUGUGCACAAUAACUAAUUCUGAACUGUGUAUGUUCUUCCAAGGGAGGGGGUGAAUAAUACCUUCUUCUUCUCUUGUGAGUUAAGUGUAGUUGGACCAAAUGUGCAUGAGCUCAUCAGCAUGUAAGAGAAAACCUUGGUGAUUAGAGCAGAAGAUAGACAGGGAAGAGCAGAAAUCCAGGAGUCAGAAACCCUCGGGAGCCAAUCCAGAACUCUCCUCUGUGCAUCAUCUCUGUGCUCCAGCAAAC